UACUAGCCUACCCUCUGAUUCUAACGCAGUCAGUUUCAGCUCAAAAUGCGGUCACCCUUCCCGAUGGUGGUACCACUAGAACAAACCUUGGCGAUGAUGCUUUACUGGAGUACGGGUAUACAACCGCCCCCGGUGCCACCAUGCUAUUAGAAAUCUGGAAGAAGAUGCCAUCAAGUGGAAUUGCCAGCAGGUCCAACGGUGGAUCGUUCGCUAUCUUUGCUGCUUGGAGGGGCAGGGUAGAGCCUGUUGGAGAGGCCAGCUUGAGACUCUUGAGUGUCACCAAGGAUGAUGUAGGACAGUACCAGUUCUCUACAACCUUCAGUGAUGGCACCUCAGAUAGCAAAGAGAGAACUUUGAUUGUCCAGUUUGCUCCAGAGGACACAACAGUCACAGCCACCCCUGGCCUGAUAGUUCAGGAAGGUGCCACCCAGGUGGUGCUCACCUGUCAGGCAGGUGGCAUCCCCGCCCCCACGUACACCUGGACAGGUGACAACCUCCCUGCCGAUGCUGCACAAGACCCUAACACGGGAACCCUGACGCUCGCCAACAUCCAGAGAGCCGCAGCAGGCCAGUACACCUGCACAGCUGGCAACGGGGUUCCGCAGCUGCCUGGAGACGAUCCUGCAGCACUGACCAACAGUGUUAGUGUUCAAGUCCAAUACCCAGGUUCCGCUCCCACUACACCAAAGGUUCAGCCAGAAGGUCCAGAAGUCACAAAGCCCCCACAAACAGGAGCCAAUUUUUCCGGAGCUGUAGCUGGAGCUGCAGUUGGAUGUUUUAUUGCAGGGUUACUGGUAGGGGGCGCUGCAGUCUUUCUGUUCCUCCAUUUCCGGACAGCAAAGAACAAUGCCAAGGAAAAAGAGGCCAAUACUGACAGUGACAGACAGUAUGAAAAUGUUCCCAUGGAAACGAUCUAACCAUCAUCCCAACCACCCCAGCCUAGUCAUGACUACCAGGAGCUGAGGCCUGCCAUCUACCAGAGUCUGCAGAAACACUGAGUGGACAGAUCCCAUAGCACCGCCCAUCGCCGUCAAAAUGUAAAAAAGCAAAAUAAUACAUAAAAAUUUAGAUAUUGUACAGACAUGCAUUCACUCUAUCAAUGGUCAAACUGCUAUUUGUAAUUCUAUCAUUGGUUGAACUGCUGAUUGCCUCCAUGAAAAAUGGAGGUAUACUUUUUCGUGUGUUUGUGUGUCUGUCUGUGUGUGCGUGUCUGUGUUUCCGCAUAGUUGUGGUCAGCAUAACUUUA